UAUCCAUAGGCACUAAACCAAAGCAAACCAAAGCUCCCCAGCUGCAGUGCUCGAAACAAUGUUUCGAUCCGGGAUCGCCUGGCUGAAGCUCCAGACAAAGCUGAGCAUCGCCAUCUUUUCUCUGCAAUGCCUGCUCAUAAAUUCCAUUCUCCUGUUCUUCACGCUGAAAGACAAGGUGCUCCUGGAAUUCGACAUCGAACAGCAGCCGCUCCUCCUGUACGUGAUAACUCUCGUGGUCCGCUUCCUCGCGGGCGUAGUGACUGACCUGGGCCUCCUCAUCGGCGUGUACUUCAGCAUGAAGGCUCUCAUAAUCGUGAACGUUGUCUGGAAAGGGACCGGUGCCAUCUUCGACAUCGUGCACGGCGCAACGUUCUUCCCUCAUGUCUACCAACAACUCCGCCAGCUGAUAGAUCACAUCUUCAGCAAUGAAGGCCUCUCAAGCGUUGGGUACGAAGAAACGCUAACCUGUACGCUGUACCUCUCUCUUGCCCUACUAAUGGGCUACGGGACGUACAGGAUCAAUCUUUACUACAGGGGACUGUACAUGGAGGAUGCCAGGAUGACAACGGUAGAUGUCGCAGCUUCCCGUAUCAUUUCCAGUGUGUCUAGUACGUAGAAAUUGUGCCACUUCCAGUGCACUGUUGUAGAUAGUAUUACCAAGAGAUGACGGAUUUAUAAGCUUUGUGCAAUGUCACAGUAGUUGUAUUUGCCAUGCUAAGCUUGCACCUGAUGGAAGAAGUGAGGUUUCCAUGUAUUUUAGGUGUAAGAGUUAUAGUGCAUGCUUGAUCCAAGUAAGUGUUCCUAGCAACAAUUGGUCUGUUCAGACACAGUUAUGCUAUUAACAAAGCAAAGGAAAAAGCUUUAGUCAAUUGCAAAACAUAUAAAUACUGGAUUUAACAGCCAAGAGGUUAAGUAGGUUUUUAAUAGCCAUGUAAUUCAUACUAGAACUCUUACACCUUCAGCAAUGAGGAUCACUUUUGUUUGUUGAACCAACCUAAUGAAGGCCCAAGCACAUGCACGUGAUUUUUGGGUGACAGCAACGAGCGACAGGUUUUGCCGUCAUGGAGGGCGAUUCGUCGCUGUCGCAUCACAGCUUUUUGGCUAGCCAGAAAAUUUCACUUGUUGCCCUGAGGCCUGCACGGCGACAGCGUGGUAGUGCAACAACAUGGCAACCAGUCUGCCCAAUUCUAUCUAAAUUCACUCUUGCAACUUGCUGUCGUGACAGCAAAAAAAUAGUUAUAUCAGCCACGGCAUUUCAUGCUGGCAGCAUGGAACUGAUUCUCUCUAGUGAUGACAGCAUAUUAAACAUAGCACUAAUACACCUUUGUUAAAGCAUUGACCUCAUGGUACGGUUGCAAUUUCUUUACGGGCACACAAAUGUAUUUCUUUGAACAGCAAAGUAAAUUUGUGGCUACAUUUUCUUACAAUGUCGCUUGUAUAUGUGGUUGCGUCACAUCGUGACGCAACAGAGUCUGCCUGCACAGCACCACUGCUGUGCAAUGAGUACAAGUGCAAUGAGUCUUUGCGUAAGAUGAAGGUUACAUGUUACAACCUUCAUACAAAAUGCUGAAAGAUUGUAUGUCGCUGUUAGCAGCUAGUGCGAUAUGCUCAGCAGCUCAGAGAAAUGUCUGUCUUGGUUUGUUAUAAGUAUGCUGUCAGAUGUUAACAUGUUGUGAUGCAAGUUAAUUCUCUAAGUGAGAUAACAUUUUCAGUUAAUAUGUAUACAGGUGCAUCUAAAAGACAAUGAUAGUAGGUCUGCAGGAAUAACAGUAACAGCAGUACAGGCAUAAAUAUUCACUUCGUAAUCGUGCAACUGGUCAACGUUAGACGAUAUGGCAACAUAAGAAAGGCACGAGUUGCCACACGCUUCCUUUGAGCACAGAGCAACAUACAACGUAAGUGUGCAAGAUGUGCCAGUAAUAACCAAGUGUACAUCCUUGCAACCACAUAAUAGCACUGCACAAACUUUCUUGAAUCUAGCCAGUUGUGACUCACCAUAGGCUACAAACAAUAGCAGUGCCUGCUGCAUUAUAGCAAACCAAUGAGUUUCCCAUAGCCAUAGCAUGACUGUACCCAUACGUAUAAUAAUUUCUCCCUCUCUCUGUCAAGCUUUCAUUGCUAACACAUUUCUUGUAUCACAGACCAUAUGACAUAUAUACAUAUAUGACAGACACAGAAACAUGUGCUCAGUAAUGAGUAUACAUGGACCCAAUAGUAGAAGCUGCAGCAGUCCAUGCACAGUUGCUGUCUAUGCAGACUCAAAUGCCCAGAUCUGGCAUCAGCCAAGAAAUUCAAAUAAAUGUUUCACACAUUUCAAAGUUCAUGCAAUGUGUAAGGGCACCUUGUUGUAUGGGAAGUUGAUUUAUUGUGGCAACUGAAAGAGCUAAAAGAAAAUGGCAGGCACAUUACUUAUUCAUACUUUAGGCAUUGCACAGGUCAAUGUGUGAUGUUGGUUUUUCGCUUACUUUUUACUAUCGUGCAACGGAACCAAAGAUUAAGCACUACUUCCGCAUACAGUGGUCAGCCACAUCGAUGACAACCGGCUGAGCAACAGGCUGUCUCCUACAUUUUAUACUGAAAGUGCAUAAAGUUAGGCCAAGUACAAUUACAGCUAAAGUAAUAAAAAUUUUGAGCAUCUCUACAAAGGGACUGCACUGAUUGAUACCACAUGAAUGCACUAUUAAUAUACAAUAAAAUGCAAAUUAAAUAAAUUUUGUAAAAAGAGCUGCACUGUCACCAUGUUAAUGUGCCAAUGUGAACUGAUACAAAUAAGUCACACCUCUUGCACAUGUUUACUCAAGAACAUAAUGUGGCAGGGUAGCCAUAGCAAGUUGCUAAAGACUCCACAAUUAAUCAUAGUGUCGCAGACACUGGCAAAUGUGAAAAUGCGAACAUAUAUUUCAUUUUUCUCUAACUUGUUUGCAUUUCAAUUUACACUGAUGGUACGUUCAUCACUAUACUCAUGAUAGCUGUGGCGGAUGCAAAUGCAAAGCCACGAUGUCUUAUGCCAUUGCCUAGGCUUUUUAUCGUGGCUCCCAAAAAAGAAGACUAAAAUAUGUGGUUGCCACACAGCAGCAGGCACCAAUAGCGACAACUAACUGUGUCAUUCCUUUUUCUCUGCUUUCCAGAUUCUGACAACAGACACAAAAUAAUUUAAAUAAACAUUUAUUUUCAUCUUCUGAAAAAACAACUGUGGUACUUGUUUCAAGCUUCAAGAAUGCACCCCAAGAGAAAUACCAUGCAUUGUUAAUCAGCCAAGAGGACAGCUAGUUUAUCAACGUCACUUUUUUUCUGCUUAGGGCCUGUCAGAAAGAACAAUGACUAGUGCCAAUAUCGGUAAAGGAGCACCACCAGAAGAAAAAAGAGUGUGAACUACAUAAACCACACAUUAUACACAGCCGAGUCUACUCUACUAACAAAGCAAUGCAGCACCACUUCACAUGCAGCCCGUCAAUCAAGACACUCCGAGAGACAAGAAGGUAGUCGGACAAGGCUGCAGAUGAAGAACAAAAAAGAACUCAUUGGAGAGUAUCAGCCAAUGGCACAACACGAUGCAG